AUGACGAAUUGGGGCUCAUUCAACGGCAUUGAAGUGAAUUACCUGCACGCUUACGCGCGAUUUUCUCUCAUACAGCGAGAUGUCUACCGCCGACUGUACACUGCAACUGCGACUCGAAAAUCUGGGCAAGAUUUGAUCAAGGAGGUAAAAGACUGCGAAGCUGCCCUCCUUGAUUGGAAGAAAUGCAUCCCGAUAGAGCUUCAACCACAACCAAAAUUUUCUGCCGGGCAAAAUUUCUUCUUUCAGUGCAUUCUAAGGUUGCACUUUGCGUACCACUGCUGUUACGCCCAACUGCAUCAAAUCUGUCUGCACGCCAAGCGAUUAAUCGAGGUGGAGAUGAUUGGAAAUGUCAGUCCGGACUCAAUCCAAGAUAUAGAGCACUGCAUUUCCGGAUCACUUACAGCUGCGAGGUCUGCGGUAGACCUUUUGGAACAUGUUGACAAGUUCGGUAUAUCGUUUACAUGGAGUAUUGUAUACUUCCCUGCUGCUGUGGUCGCCACGCUCUUCGCACAUAUCCUCACACACCCAAACCAAGAUGCCACUGCGGAUCUCCGUUCGAUUCACCAGAUCGUUCAGUUUCUGAAAAAUGUCACCGCUCAAGAACAUGGCACAUAUGUUGAUUACCUUGUUUCUCUAUGCUCGGAUUUUGAAGAUGCAGCCAGACAGGCUUCACGGAAUGCUCCCAGCGGCUGUAACCGUCCGCCUUUGGACCAAGGGACGGCCAGUGUUUCUCUACUCAAUAACGACUUAUCGAGAGAUUUUGCUAGCCCCGAUCAAGGAUUCACCGGAAUAUCAGGAAACACAGCAUUCAGCGAUCCUCAAGUGGCCUUCCAAACUCCGAGGACUAUUCUAUGCCAAACUCCCAAAGCGAUGUAA